CCCCCCCUCCCCUUCCCCUCGCAUCCUUGGAAGCAACAAUUAAGCAGCUCUGGGAUAAAACACACUGCCUGCGGGAGCACGGGGGCAUUGCUUCAAGAGAUGGCAAGGCAGGCAGCUGCACCCCUCCUUCCCGGAGUCCUCCUCCUCUUCUCCAUCCUCCCGGCUUCUCAGCAAGGAGGGGUCCCUGGUGCUAUUCCGGGAGGGGGAGUCCCAGGAGCAGGCUUUUUCCCAGGUGCUGGGGUUGGAGGUUUGGGAGCAGGACUUGGGGCUGGAGGAAAACCUCUCAAACCAGGGGUCGGAGGCCUCGGGGGACUUGGCCCACUUGGCCUGCAGCCAGGUGCUGCAGGUCUUUUCCCCGGGGGCGUCUUCCCAGGAGCUGCCGCUGCCGCCGCGCUCAAGGCUGCUGCGAAAGCUGGUGCUGGCAUUGGUGGCGUGGGUGGAAUUGGUGUUCCUGGUGGCCUCGGGGUCCCCGGAGGUGCAGUGGUACCGGGCGGGGUGCAGCCCGGGGUUGGUGCGGCAGGGAAACCCCCCAAAGUACCAGGUGCUGGGAUUCCUGGAGCUUUCCCGGGUGGCGUGCUCCCCGGUGCAGGUGUCCGCUUCCCUGGCGUAGGGGUGCUGCCCGGAGUGCCCACUGGUGCUGGAGUGAAGCCGAAAGUUCCAGGAGCAGGAGCCUUCGCAGGAAUCCCUGGACUGGGAGGUUUUGGAGGUCAGCAGCCCGGUGUCCCUCUGGGGUAUCCCAUCAAAGCUCCUAAGCUCCCAGGUGGCUAUGGAUUGCCCUACAGCACUGGUAAGCUGCCCUACGGCUUCGGGCCCGGCGGGAUAGGAGCCGGCAUCGGGGCAGGAAAGGCAGGGUACCCCACCGGGACAGGAGUUGGAGCACAGGCAGCAGCAGCGAAAGCAGCAGCGAAAUAUGGAGCCGGUGUCCUGCCCGGGGUUGGCGGCAUCCCUGGAGUCGGCGGAGUGGUACCCGGUGUCGGCGUUGUCCCAGGAGCCGGAGUUGGAGUGCCAGCAGCAGCAGCGGCAGCGGCGAAGGCGGCGGCGAAGGCAGGAGCUUUUGGUGCAGGGGUGCUGCCCGGCGUUGGCGGCGUCCCAGGCCUCGUGCCUGGUGUUGGCGGUGUCCCCGGCUUGGUGCCUGGUGUCCCCGGGGUGGCAGGAGUCGGGGCGCCAGCAGCAGCAAAGGCAGCAGCAAAGGCAGCUAAGUACGGAGCUGGUGUCGGUGUUCCUGGCGUUCCUGGCGUUCCUGGUGUUCCUGGCGUUCCUGGUGUUCCUGGCGUUCCUGGCGUCCCUGGCGUUCCUGGCGUCCCUGGCGUUGCUGGUGUCCCCGGCGUGCCCGGCGUGGCUGGGGUUCCCGGUGUGGUGCCUGGUGUCGGAGUGGGUGGCCCAGAAGCCGCGGCAGCCGCGGCGAAGGCUGCAGCGAAAGCCGCGGCGUAUGGUGUGCCCGGAGUUGGCGUGCCCGGAGUUGGCGUGCCCGGAGUCGGUGUGCCUGGAGUCGGCGUGCCCGGUGUCGGCGUACCCGGAGUUGGUGUGCCCGGAGUUGGUGUGCCCGGUGUCGGCGUGCCCGGUCUGGUGCCAGGAGUUGGAGGUCCAGCGGCCGCCGCUGCUGCCAAAGCAGCUGCCAAAGCAGCCAAGUACGGAGCAGGUGGCCUGGCUCCUGGCGUGGGUGGCCUGGCUCCUGGUAUAGGUGGUCUAGCUCCUGGAGUGGGUGGCCUGGCCCCUGGCAUUGGAGGUGUCCCAGGGGUCGGAGGUCUGGCCGCAGCAGCAAAAGCAGCAGCGAAGGCAGCCAAAUUUGGUGCUGGGGUCGGAGGGGUGCCAGGUGGGGUGCCCGGCGUCGCCGGAGUGCCAGGAGUGCCAGGAGUGACACCCGGUGUCGGCGUUGUGCCCGGGUUGGUGCCAGGCGCAGGGGUACCCGGUACCGGCAUCCUCCCCGGGGCAGGCAUCCCCCAAAUAGGGGUGCAGCCUGGUGCUAAACCUCCCAAAUUUGGCGUUCCCGGGGCUGGAGUCCCAGGGGUUGGCAUUGUCCCAGGUGCCCUCGGAGUUGGUGGCCUUGGAGUCGGGCUCGGUGCUGGAAUCUUGUAUCCAGGAGCUGUUGGGAAACCUCCCAAGCCAGGUUUUGGUAUUGGGGGGCUGCAGCCAGGGGCUGGAGUUCCCGGCUUUGGCGUAUCACCGAUAUUUCCAGGUGGGGUCGCCGGCCAGCUGGGAUUCGUUGGGAAGCCCCCCAAGACCUUCGGAGGAGCCCUCGGUGCCCUGGGCUUUAGAGGCGGCGUGGGCUGCGCACAAGGGAAGUUCUGCGGGAGGAAGCGGAAGUAACCGCCCGCCGUCACUGAUGACCUCAUGAACUUUGGUGCUACUGCAUGGUCCAGAAUGUAAAUCCCAAGCAAAGCUGAGAAACCACCCCCUCCCCAAAACCCCGGAUGCCCCCCCCCAUCCCGGGGCCAUCCCAGGCCCCACGUUCCCAGGAGGGACCCCGUGCCUCUGGCAGCGCCUGUGUCCCCCCAGCCCCUCCGGCCCGGCAGGGAGCGCGGAAUAAACUGCGGGGAGCAGCCGUCCCCCUUGGUGCUAUCGCUCCCUGCGGGAUUUGUGGGGGGGUCUUGGGGUGUCACACCCCCUCCCCGGCCCCCGAGCUGACCCCGUGGGGGGGGGAGAGGCAGGAUGAGGGGCACCCCACAUUGGAGGGAGGGAAGGGGGUCCCGGCGGGGGAGGCUGCAUCAGGGGGGGGAUGUCCCAGUCUCCCUGGGCCCCCCCCCCCCCCCCCCCCGGUCCCUGCCCUCCCUCCAUCCCGGGGGGGCCGUGGGUGGGAGGGGCUCGGUCCCUUCAUGUUACUCACUUUGCUAUAACUGGGUGGGACGCCCUAUACAGAGGGACUCGCUUCCGACAGACUAAUAAAGGACAAGUUUUUAAAGGA